AUGAAGCAGCAAAUGCAAGACGGACCGGUCCCGCUUGACGUCGAAAGCUACCCCGUCGCACCAGGAGGGUUAGACCUAGAGCAAGUGCACAUAUAUGUGAGACAUGGCGAGCGUACGCCGGUCAGAGUGCGCAUGUCGAACCCUCCAGCAUCCAUACCAGCAGACUGGCAGAUGUGCAACACUGCGAAAAGCUUUCACGAGACCGUUGCUGGACAGAGUCCUACCAUAGAUGACGGAUUGUGGUAUAGGAAGUUGUCGAGAACAGGCAUGGAAGAACAGCUGAGGGAUUAUGGGGAGCUCACAGAUAUCGGGAAAAAGUCCACAUAUUCCUUCGGGACGGCAUUGCGAAGCCUCUAUAUUGAAAUUUCUCCCCUCAAAGCUCGAGAUGAGCGUUUGACUUACUUCCGCUCUACAAACAUCGCGCGGACGAUCGAAUCUUUGCAGCACAUAGUCCACGGAGUAUACCCUCCAUCUUCUUGCGCUCCGGGUAUAAUACCCUCUAUUAUCAUACGUAAUGGAAUCGAUGAGAAUCUCGUCAGCAAUACCUUGGCCUGCAAGCGACUGGCCCUCUUAGAAUUGCAGUUUGCUGAAGCUGCUGUGGCUGUUUGGAACUCGCGUUUAGAGCCGUUGGAUAAGAAAGUCUCUAGGUAUUUAGGCGGUAGGCCAUUACGCCUUGAUGGAACUCCUCGAGCAUCGGGGAUCCUUGAUACAGUACGCUCGGCAGCUGCUCACGGCUUCCGAGUUCCACCAGAAUUCAUGGAUGAUAACGUUAUUGGUGUAAUUGAAGCAGCUGUAACAGCCGAGUGGUUUGACAUCAAAUCAGAAGACGGUCGCCGACUAGGAAUGGGUCGCCUCCUCGCAGACGCUUCAGAAAAAAUGCAACGCAAGAUUCAACUCGAUUCAAAAGACCCAACAAAACUCCUCGUGCACACGACGCAUGACUCAACACUUGCAGCGUUGCUCUGCACAUUCGAUGUAUUCGAUGACAAGUGGCCACCAUUCACUUCAUCAGUAACAUUCGAGCUCUUCCGAAAACGAAUACCAGCUUCACAACAAACCAAUAUCCCGGGCCUGCGUGCGCUUUCAUCGUUUUGGAGACCACGGGAUGAGCAUUAUGUCCGUAUGCGCUACAAGAACAAGAACAUGGUGCUGCCGAUGUGCGCCGAGGAGGGGAAGCAUUUGCCGGGUUCGCCAGAGUUUUGCACGUUGGAGGCGUUUCGGCAGAGGGUGGGGGAGUUGACGCCCAAGGAUUGGACUGGAGAGUGUUUUCCACGGACGUGA